AGAAACGUCAAUCAUAAUGUUGCAAAUGAAUCCAAUAUAUUCUUGAGAAGUAACCUUCGAAAUUUCCAUACAUAAUAUUCCCAUCUGCAUAAAUAUUAAUUAUUCGAUACUCUUUUUUUUAAACCUCAUGAUGCGAUGCGUACACAUUGUCAACCCCUCGACGAGCCACAUUCGUCACGGGUUAAUAGUAUGUAAACGAACAUUCCGCGUAGUAUGCAAAUAAAUAUACCAUAGUCUAAAUACGGAGACAUCUUUCUUUCUUUCUUUCUUUUUCUUCCGCAUCGCGUCAGAAUAAGUUAAUACGCAUAAUACGUAUAAACGCGAUGAAAACGCCUCUCGAGGUUCAGGUAGUGCGGCAGAAAUUUUUCUCGCGCGUUUUUACAGUACGGUGCACAGUUAUACGGGAGGUUAGUUUCGGCUUGUAAAAAUCUUGGCUGCAGCGGACGCAACCGGGUUCCCCAUUUUCCCUUAGGAUCGUGUACAAGUAGACGGAACCACAACUGCACCAAGUUGGGAUGUCGGCCAUCGAACUUAAGUCUGACCUGCCUGGUUAUUCUGGUUCUCAUGAAUAUCACGUUGACUUUCCUGUUGCUGCAGUCGGAGACUUGCCUCCCGAUCAUAAUGCCGAGGGAUUUGGGAUCGAACGCUAUAACCGAAUGGAACCUCGGCACUUUAAUCAAAGAGCCGCAGCAAGAGCAGCAACAAUCGGACUGCGUCACACAAGACUACCAAUCGUUGCCAGUUGACGCGACCGAGUUAAAAGUGAACAUAAAUCUCGGCAGAUGGGAUGCCCGUAGGUUGUUCCGUACCUUCGACCAUAUCCUCGUUGGAUCGAGUUUCGUCAAAUUGUCACGGGCUUAUCGCGUGUGCCUGGCAACGCAGAGCUCCGUCGAGAAACUGCACUCGAUCGUGCAGGCGGCCCACCACUGGACGGGGCCGAUGUCGGUGGCCUUGUACGUGGCCGGCGACGAGGAGUUCGAGGUUCUUCAGAAGUAUCUGAUUUACCUGAGAAAGUGUUACGAGCCGAUACGCGAAAGGGUGGCGUUCUCGUUGGCCGUGCCCAGGGUUAGACCGGUGAAGAGGCAGCCGCGUGAAUUUGACCCGCCCGACAUGGUGGAUUGUGCCAAACCCGAGGGGACGUUGAACGAGUUGAUGAAUGGGAUCUCGAACGAGCAGACCAACUGGCGGAUACGGAACGCGUACCCUCAGAAUCACAUGAGGAACCUGGCCAGGAAGAAUUGCCAGUCCGAUUACGUGUUCCUGACCGACGUAGAUAUCGUGCCGAGUUUCAAUUUGACCGGCGCCCUCGAUGAAUUUCUUCGAGCCGAUACCUGUGAUAAGUGCGCCUACGUAAUACCGACGUACGAGCUGGACUCACGCGUCAGAUUUCCGCAGAAUAAGACGGAAUUGGUCAGGUUGGCGAGGAAGGGGUUGGCCAGACCAUUCCAUCAGAAAGUCUUUAUCCACAAUCAGUUCGCCACCAAUUUCACCAGAUGGAUACUGGAUACCUCUCCCAAUCAUAAAAAGUAUGGAAAUAUGAAGAGUGGCAAGGUGUACGUCAGUCAUGACGUGACGAACUUUGAAUUCCUUUACGAACCGUUCUACGUGGCAAAGGAUAUCGUUCCGGCUCACGACGAAAGAUUUAUGGGUUACGGAUACACCAGAAACACUCAGGUGUACGAAAUGUUCGUGGCUGGUUACCAAUUCAAGGUCCUUUCCCCGGUUUUCACCGGUCACUGGGGUCUGCAGACCAGGAAGACCAGGCCGGCUUGGCGCGAACGGCAGAACAGUGCCAACAGGAAACACUUCGAGACGUUCAAGAAAGAGGUUUUCGCCCGUUACAUGCGCGACCCCUUAAAGAUGAUGAAGAACGCCCACUGACGAAAAGUUCGUCGAAGAUUUCGUUGACUUAUCGCGAGAUCUUGAUCGCCGUCCUUCACACUCGUCGCGCGAGCCACUCAUCGGACGUGAUGUCGAUCCGUGAUCGUCCCAAGGAUGGUGGUGUGGCCUCUGAUUCUUCUACCUGACACGUUUGUGCCAUAACGUUCAAAAAACGUUGCAAACGGCCGGUACGAACAUUCGAACGUAUCGUCGAAGGUCUAAUCGAUUGACUGUUCUAUUUUUCACACCGUCGAAUCGAAGACCAAAUCGUUUUCUAUAUAUAUUUUGUAUUUCGUGUCGCGAUCUACAUAAUGUCAGAUUACAGCAUUAAAUAUUUGAAGUUGAACAACGGUUUCAAGGGUUUUCGCGUUUAUUUAUAAAUGAAAACAGAUCAGAUAGCGACUUUCGCUUUAUUUCAUACCUAAAAAUCGAUCCAUCCAUCGUUGUGUUUGAUCUCCGCCUUACCAAUUUUUCGCAAGAUUUGAAAAAUGUUUCACCCGCUUAAAGUGAAGAAAAUGAUGGUUAAUGUGCCGGCUAAUGAUCUCAAAUCGACUUUAUCAGCUAUUAUAUCUACGAUUUUUCCCGCUUCCAUGUCAUAAGAUUCCUUUAAUAGCCCGGCGAUAAUAACAUUUAUCUGUCAUUAGCGAUAAAAUAAUCAAUUACUUCGUGACGACCUUCUAUCGAUGCCUGUCCAAAAGUCUCGAUGAAGUCUCGGCUAACUCGAUUUUACUCGUUAAAUUUAACAUUUAUGAAUUUAUUAAAUAUUCAAUCCACGAUUCAGCAACAGAGAUGGCCGAUUUACCCAAAACCAAAGUUCGAUAUGCAAAUCGUUGGCACGUUACGUUACACACGUAAGAAGGAAACCUCUUGCACGACUCUUGGAUGGAUGCUGAGGUCCAUAGCUCUCAAGCUCUCGGUAUUUUCCUGCUCGAUACCUUCAACUCCGGUAAUAUCCGUCCCGGUAAAUCGGUGACAUAUCAUGUAGAUCGUCUCAUAUAUCUCACAUAUCUUUUACCUUGGUCGAGGAGGAGAAACACUUCGAUAUAACAGAGGACAGUGUAAACACGAAACGUCAAAUUUAUGGGUCGACCCAUAAACUUCUAAAUCCAUGUGCACGCUCAUCGUACAAACUUUGUUUUAGGUAAGAGUGAAAUAAUUUUGGAUCAAAAAUGUUUAUUCACUCAAAAUGUAUAUCAUACACGGAUCAGAACCAGAAACCGUUGACACGAUAGUCCAUAAUAGGCCUAUAAAGGUGUCCGAUCUUAAAUCGGCGCCUUUUUUGGGGUUUUAUAUAACUCGAUGGAUAUUGAGGAAUUUCUUCUUUCGCGACGUGAGAAUGUAAUUUAUUAUAUAUCAACAUUGAAACGUUAAUUUUAUUCAAGUCUCGAGUAAUUAAUACGUUAGUUGCGUUAAUGCUGCAUAGGUGUUUUCGAUAAUGUCAAUUUUCUAUCGUCAAUAGAAUAAUAUUAUAGCAGUGAAAGUAUUUAUCAAUUCUUACCAACCAGAGAACCAAAUCCACCCAUCGUCCCGUAAUCCCAUAAACAAAAAUGGAGGAAAAAAAAAUACACGAACAGAGAAUUAUUUUUCGAGCCAUCAUUCGAAUUAUUCGCGUUGUAUUAUAAUAUUUAUCGAAAAAUAUCAAUUAAAGAUCGUUAUAUUCACACGGUAACUAUUGAAAGAUCGAUAUUUGCAAACGAGGAGAGGAAAUUUAUGUGAAAGGAAUGAAAGGGAGGAAGAAGAAUGAAAACGGAAGAGAGGAGGCAAUCAAGUGGCCGUGAUCAACGUCGAGGAUGGUUUACUCGUACUUCCGCUUCAUUCACCUUAAACGAAACUAAUAAGCCCGUUUACUGCUUCCACUCACGGAUCACCAAAGUCAUCAGAGACUUGCCAUGCGGGGAUAGAGGAAUAAAUAUAUCUGCCGGUGAGUUUCUGCGGCACGUACGGUGCACGAAAUCAGGGAAACGAGGUCGGUGGAACUUAAACUGAACGUGGUAUACCUCGUUAGCUGUCUGUAAUUUAAGUUUUUUUUUUUAAAUCUGGGAUCGAUCGAUCUUUGCUGCUCUGGAACCACGAUGUUUCUCUUUUUCUUUCCUUUCGAAGAUUUAGAUCGAAGAUACAAGAUACAAGGAGCAAGAUUAUGGAGGACGUCUCUCUCGUUGUAUUCAUGGGAUAAUGAAGAGGGGGGAAAAAAAGAAAGAAAUGGAAUUGGCUUGUGUCGAGUGCAAUUAAGCCGGUGAGCCGACGAGAAUCGAUAUUUUGUAUUGUUGGAUUCUUAGAACGUAUCCAGUGACGUGCAAAGUUUAGAGCGUCUGAUAGAAUCGACAAGAAGGAUCGAUUGAAAAGUACUUGCAUGUUUUUUAUAUUACUUCGUCCUUUUUUUAUGUCAAUUUUAUCAGAUUUCGAGGUUUAAUUUAUUUUUUUUUUUUUGGAAUAUGCGAAUAUUUUUAUUUAUUUAAGGGAAAUUGUAUUUCGUGCAAAUAUUUGAACUGACGAUGAUUCGUAGGACGUAGCUUUUACAUAUUUCGAUCACACAUUAUAUUGAACAUAAAUUUUACAUUGAUCGAUUUUAAAAAAAAAUCUCUCGAUAAAAAUUCGACGAUGCGACACGUCGUCAUAUAAAAAUUCCGAUACGUUCUUCGUUAUUUUUGUGAAAUCCUUUGUGUUUUUAUCAUUUCACUCGUAAAAAAUAAUUUAUCAUUGUUGUUUCACUUCACUUGUAUGUCGAUAUUCGUUUUUCUAUCAUUGAUCCUCGUUCUUAAACGAUUAAAAAUUAAAUCUACUCUGUGUAAUAAUAAGAAAUGAGUUAAUGGAAAUCACAGGUAUUGAUCUCAUUCUUUAAUUAUUUGCACAGGUUCGAUCACAUCCCUGAUCAAAAAGAAUACGUGUAAAUUUAAACUGAAAUCGACGAACAGAUUCUCUCUCUCCCCUAUUCGAUAACACGAACGAGAAAACACGAUGAAAAAUCUUUUUUAUCCGUUUUCAACGAUACAUUAUUUAUCACUUUCAUUAUUGAUAUUAUUAUCAUUUAUUCGGAGAAACUAGAAGAAGAGAAAAGAAGCAUCUCUACAAAACUUUUCGCGAUUUCGAUUCGAUAUCUUCUCCACUUUAGUUAAUAAUAACGAAUUGCUCAACUGUAAUCGUCACUGGUAAUCGUUCUAUAUAAUCUAUGAAACAUUUUAUGGCACAGAGUUAAGGUUAUCGUCCAUUUGACACCAUCUGAGCGACAAUUAAAUCAGUAUAUUCGUAUCUAUUGUUUAUUUAAUUGAAAAAUAAAAUGAUUAAACAUUCGUGAUCGUAAUUGAUUCAGAUUGUUAGAUGCACGAUUUCUAUUGAAAUACACGUGAUUAAUACGAGUAUACGAUUAAUUGUCGAUUGCAACGCUGUCAAAUAGCGGCGAUCUUUAUUGUAGAUUAUAAUAUUUUUACGGAUAUGUGUAAAUCGCCAAAGAGAUUGUAACACGAGAAGAUUACUGUUAAACGGUGAGACACAAUAAAUCAGUACCAACGUAUAAA